AUGGUAAAGAGUCUGGAUUCCUUCUGUUGCAUGCAUUUCAAUCCCGGUCCUGGCGUCCAGAUCUCCGUGACAACGGGGUCACAUUCUUUGGAUUUCGCUCCGGAUUCAGCGUCACGAGGACCCAAUAGUACAACCCUCAGCGGUACCAAUUUCGCAUGCGUAAGGUAAAUUCUGACAUCCUUUUGGUAGAGGUGGGAACAACUUUCAACGUCUGGAAACUUGGCUCUGCGUUGCCGAUGGUUUUGCAAACGCACCUCUGAUAGGUUGGCGGCAUCUAAACCGCACUGCACCGAUGUUUGCAUGGUUAAACCUAUGCAGGGAGGCUCUUUGCACUCCAGCAAACAAUGCACACCAUCCUUUUCCAAACAGAUCUGUCUGCGUAAUUAUCAUCCAACUCACUGUCAUGGAUGGAGGCGAGUCAGUUUUUGCUGACUUCCUAAAGUACGUGCGAGCAAAAAAUUGAAGUCCGUAGUCCUCAACUCAGUAUUUGGAUGGAUAUUUAUUUCGCAAGACGGUAAUAGCAAGAACGAUUGCAUUUUCUGCAGGGGAAACAUUCCUUACCAUACAACCCUCAACUUCAUUGCCCUAAACUCUACUCACCAGAGUUAUUUUUUGAUUCUCGAAAAGGCAUUUCGUACACAUAUUCACAUUUUCCUAUCUUCUCACACGCCGCUUAAGCUGUCGUCUGCCGAAUUUCAGUGAUUGUGCCCUGAAUUCCGUCCCAAAUUCGCAUAUUGUCUUGUUAAUUGAGUAUUUAUUCAAAUCAUUUCAAGUAGUACACGAUUCCUGCUUUUUAUUUUCUAUCUAAUUUUGCACGUUCUUAAAGUUUUUCCUAGUUCUAUUCUCCGGAUUACUCGCCGGCCUCACUUUGUUAUUGGUGGUGGUGGUAUAUGUACGAAAUAAAGAAGAAGAGUCGAAAUGCUGUACUCUCCUUGUUCUUGGAUCAGGUAAACGGCAUAUAUAAGUAUAUAUACGACCCCCAGGUGGCCACACUGCCGAGCUACUGUCCUUUGCGGAAGGGCUGCCUGCCUCCUAUUCUCCCCGUGUCUAUGUCAUAGCCAAAACGGACCAGAUGAGUGAGAAAAAGGCACGCAGUGUUGAGGCGGGGCGAAAGAAAGCAACCGAACAGCCAGUAGACGUACAAAUGACGCUUUUGUCGUUUAAGAACUCAUUUUUUCAGUUUUUCGUCGAAACCUUGCCUCGCGCGAGAGAAGUGGGUCAGUCGUACGCAACCAGCGUCUUCACGACUCUGAUUGCCCUUUUGGCAUCCAUUCGAGUAGUCCUGAAGCACUGUCCUCAACUGGUACGUAUGCGUUGUUUACUGUCGCCAUUUCUCCCUGAUUAUCAUUAUUUUCUCGUGAAAUAGGCACCUUAGAAAACCCUAAUGACCUUUUCUAUGCUCCAUCUUUUGUUUGGGGCGUAACCAAGUAUAAACAAAUACCUUUUGUGGAAACCAGCAAUCUAAAAGUAGGAUUUCCUCAAAUGCCAAUUUUCUGUCAUUCUUUAGGAGGUGUUUGCGCUACAUCCGGUCGUCCACUUUUCCUUGCUUAGCACACUUAGACCGCUGUAUCAGUCCCGUAACUUCCUGCUCGUCUUUUGUCUGCGCCUCGUCUCACUACUAGUUGGUUUGAUUCAGUUAAUGGGGGCGAGGCCAACCCUACGCAACCUUUCCUAUCAUACUUGGUUCACUGCUGGACUUUCGCCUCGUUCUGGGAAUUACGGCCUUGAAGGUCUUCAACCGGCCUGGUGAUUCAACCCACGAGGCUUAGAUCCAGGUUUCAUCAGCUGUUUGAUGCAGCUUCGUGACAGCACUCAUCGGAAUGACUUGUGACUGAGCGAGGGCUAACGCGUGUUAUCUGGGCAAGCGCCAAGCGUGUGACACGGGAGAUGGAGAUUAGAUUGAUGUCUGGUCAGCCACUGUGUCCAAAACCACCUCCAGGCUUCUUGACUCAGUCUUUUCUCUGAAACGUGGUGCAUGGCAGGAGCGACUGAGGUUGAUUCUGCACACACUUUCCUCACAACAAUCGAAAUGCGGCACAACCUUCACCCUCGUCGAGUUUGGCAGACGAAUUAUCGGGACAUUGAGUUCUUCACCAAGUAACCACAUGGCGGCUGUUAUCUGGGUAUUUCAUCGCUGCGGUUUUCGUUCGGAAACAUGAACUUGUAGCGACUGUGCGGGUAGGAGCAAUCUUUUUUCGACGGCGACCCAUCCUGCUUCUUACAUGUUUGAGGCUUAGCUAUGAUUCUUCCGUCUCUAUGUGAGCGUUCGGCAUCGGGUUCUUUGUCUUCCAGUCUCACAUAGACCUCAAAAUUUAGUUCUCCCUGUGAUUAUCGGUUAAAGGAGCACCAAGACAAUAACUUCGUCACAACAGCUUCAAGGAUCCGUAUCGUACUGAACUCAUGUCUGUUUAGCGGUCGAGCAAUCUUUAACCCAGGGGAGCCAAAUCAUUUCUGAAGGGAUUGUGUAUGAUGUAGCGUGUUCCCCCGUCUAACCGGGAUGCAUGUCUGUUUAAAUAGUACAACUGGUUUCCGACUUCAGUGCAGCUCUAUACUAAUACGAACGCCGGGUUAAUGGGUUAUGAUGAGAACAUCGUACACUCUGGGAGGUUGGGUAUCCUUGAUCCUCAAAAUGGACGGUUCGAGACGUGUACAACUAGGUAACUCCAUAUCCCUUUUUACGCAUUUGUGUACUUUUUAAAAAUCCAAUAUGUCAUAGUAUGUGUAAUGUCUUGUCUGUUUCUUAAUUUUUGAUGCCAGUUGUCAUAGGUUUUGCGACACCGUUUUUUAUCAUUUGCUGACUGUCGUUUUGCUUUCUCUCCCUCGACCAACAGGUACUUUGCAAUGGUCCGGGCACAUGCAUACCCAUCUGUUUUGUAGCUGGUUUUGUUCAGGUAUGCCCCUUGCCUUUCCAUACUCACUCAUUGCUCAUUUUUAGUUGUUCAUGCGUAAGCGCACAGCACUGGUGUUUGUAGAAAGCAUCUGUCGUACGCGGACACUUUCCCUGUCGGGCCAAAUCCUCUACUACAGUCAUGUAGCAAGGGUAAUCGUACAAUGGCCAGAGUUGUUGAAGCUGUACCCACGUGCUGAGUAUCUUGGCCUACUAUCCUAG